AUGAUACCUUUGCAGACCGGAGAUCGACGAAGCCUAGUGGGCGUGGUGAUGAGGCUUGGUUCGGAAAAAUCUGGGGACGGAGCAAAGCGUAAUGCGCUGGCAAGAGCUUCAAGGCUUGCUCGUCAGCGAGAGCACUUGUUGACGUUCGAAUUCGCAGUGGGAAGUAGGCUCGCCAGGAUGAGCAGGGAUGUCGGCCAGUUUAAAGGGGGAUCCACCUGUCUGAGCAAGCUCGCGUUCCUUUUUCCCCCGAGUGUGCGCACGAGCUGUGAUGAGCAACGAACAAGAAGCAGGGAGCCUGACGUGCGUGUGGAUGUGUGUGUUGUUGCCCAGGUGCAGGUGUGCUGCGUGCCUACCUACUACUACUACUACUACUACUACUACUACUACUACUACUACUACUACUACUACUACUACUACUACUACUACUACUACUACUACUACUACUACUACGUACGGGACCUUGAGGAAAGAGCCACCCGCCAUGUGCAUGAGACGUGCAACAGAACAGGUCAUUUCCCUCUUUACUUGUUUCUCUCUUUCUUUACUGCCUAUACUGGAACUGGAAGUCUGCACUUCCUACAAGGCUAGAAGGUUCUCUUGUACCGGACUUUCAUUCGCAUAUAAUUCUCACGUUACAUGGACGCCGCUUAAAAGUUCUUUACCUUUACUGGCUGAAAUUGGAGAACUUAGCGUCGUUAAUUGGCUAUAGUCUACUGUCUACCUGGCCCGUGCCUUCUUUUCCAUUGUGCUCAUUUAAUCCUCUGCCCCUUGGCUUGCACAUUUAUUUUUGUGCACCCACAUCCCUUCAUGCUUACGCUCUAAAUUACGCUACGCCUUAAGUUGUUGUUUCCGUCCGUCAGCGGCGUUGUUAUGUUCUCUUUCCUUUUAAAAUGACCUUUCUCUUUCAUGACUCAGCCCAUGUCUAAUCCCCAUAUCAGCCAUCCCCUUUUAUCACGCCACACACUGCUUCUCGACUUCUAUCAGCGCUAUGCUUGCUCACGGUAAGCUGACGAAGAUGUGUCCAUGUGCGUCCGUUGCGCGACCGAGUCAAACACGGCAGUAAAAGCGACCGUUGU